UCCCACUUCAACUACCAGUAGAUAGUGCUUGCCUACUUGCUUGUGUACUUGCGAAGGACCUUACGAAGUUCAGAAAGUUCGCUAUUACCCUCGUCAUCGUGAAAAUAUACCACUCGGAAAAUAUUGAAAAAGUUCUUGCUCUCAACGGGUUGAUGAUAAACUCACCGGAAACAGUUGUAUUUACCUUUGCUGGACAUCUUGCAUUUACUAACAAAAGUAAUAGGUAUGUUUUUUUUAUAAUUUAUCGAUAACAAUGUCGAAAAAGUGAAUUCAUCAUUUGAAUGGUUACAAUCUAAAGAAAGUAAAACAUUGUUGGACGCGUACGAGGUCGCCCCGCUGGUUCGCAUACGUUAUGUUCACCCGAGUGCCUGUGUCGACGAGGUGGUGCGCGACAAAGUCCUGUACCUUGCCAUGCGCCUGCUGACGUGGAACUCCUUGCUCAUGUUCGACUUUGUAUUCGUGUUCUUUCUCUUCCUGGUCGUAAUUACGUGCAUGGCGUAUUACUUGCCGGGUGGACAGCAGAGGCAGGUGUCGCGCUAUGCUGCGGACUGUGACGAUCAACCUUUGCAGUGCUACGUCACCGUUACUUCAGCAACGGGCAUCGUGGAGAAAGCUCCAAUCGACCAUGUUUGAUCCGAUGGCGAACAUGCAUUUGUUUUGGCUCCAGCGAUAAAUGAAUGCUUCAAGCUCACAGUCUUGGGGAGAGUGUCUCAGGGCAUUACCCGAGAGUUGCGUUGGGAGAUCUAUUGAUUGCUAGGCCCAAAGGUUUAACAGAACCAGAAACAUGGGCCAUGUUAUACCAAGCAGUUCAGGCCCUUCAAGAUCUCUUCCUUUCCGAUGGCGCUACAGGAAUGUUUUCUGUUCCCUUAAUAACCCCUGCCACCCUCCUUCUGUCCAGCAGAGGGAGGGUAAAACUUUGUCAGAAUCCUGUGAACACAUCAUGCAGUUACCCUGUUCAUAUAACGGGAUAUUUAGCUCCCGAAUAUCGUCCCAACAAACGGUACAGCGAUACCGAAUCGGAAAAGAUGUGGAUUUUCGGUUUGGGGGAAUCGCUGAAGAGAGCCACCUUAACCAGUCACACAGCCACUUCCCGCUUAAGUGUAGAACUUUGUCAAGUAUUGACCGAUAUGACAAGGCCCCAAGCAGCCUCCAGAGCAUCCCUCAUGUAUCUCCUAGACGUUAUUUCCGAGUAUUGUGCAAGAAAACAACAAAACCGACCUUUUUCGCACAUCGUAAUGGACCUUCAUCAAGAAGCUUUGGCAGGUGUUGAAAUGAACCUAAACACACCGUGGACCCUUACGGCUAUGCCGGAAAUGCAAGGUGCUACAAGAAGCAGAUAUACGAACGCGUUACCACCACCGCUCCAAUGGUGGUCUCCCAACGGACAAAUCUCAGAAAGACCGAAAAUAACUAAAGAGGCAAGUACCAGUAUGGAAGACUUAUCAUCUUCCAGAUUAUUAAAUUUACCUGGCACUGUAGUAAGACCACAAUCGAUGUGUGUCCCUCCAACUAUAACAAAUCAUGAACAGAUUUUUAAUAGAAACGUUAUGAAUAGGGAAAAAGAAAUCGAUGAUGAUUUUAAAACGAUUUUUACCCAUGACAAAGGUCCCGUAAUGAAAAGCGCUCUGGCAAGAGCAAGUAACGACAAUGGAACGAAAACAUUCAAAAAUCGUUGCAGACAAAGGAGAAAUCCGGUUCAAAGAGCAGCGUCUAGAUUGUAUCGGGCCGAAUGUGAUGAUAAAAUAAGUCGGACAAAGGAACCUUCGGAGAAACAGUGUAUCGGACCGGAGUUCAUUAUAAGAGCCAAUUUGCCAAGUAAGAAGAUUGUCGUAGCGGACAGCAAAGGCAUUAGGAAAACUGUUACGGUUGUCAUGCUUAAUGGUCAGAAGAUUGAAGUCGAGUGCAACCCUAGUAAUAUUACAGCAGGACAACUUUUUGAGGAGGUAAUACGACAUGAACAUAUCGAAGAAAAUUUUAUGUUGGGUUUGUCUGCCUUGAUGGCUGGCGAUUUUGUAUUUUUACCCUCGGAUGCACGUGUGUGUAAGGCUGUAAAUCCUCCCAAUAACUUAUCUGAAAUUACCCUGUUUGUGAGGGUGCGUUUUUUCCUUCCGAAUCUUAGAGGAUUGAGAAAUUCACAAGCGAGACAUCUGCUGUAUCUACAAAUAAGGCGAUCUAUACUUGAGUACCAAUUGCCUUGCAUGUUUAGACAAUUUAUCGAACUUGGGGGCUUGGCUCUUCAAGCUGAAUUCGGAGAUUAUAACGAAAAGGAGCAUGGCUCUAGGGAUUACUUCCUCUUGGAGCACUACGUUCCUGAAAUAGUUACGUGUAACCGUGAAAAGUCCCAUCAGCUUAAAGAAGAAAUAGUUAGAUGCCACAAAAGCAAAAUAGGUUUGGACGUAAUCAGAGCAGAAGAAGAAUUUAUUAAAAUGGCUCAAACGUUACCCCAUUAUGGAGGUCAUUUUUGUAUGGCGACAUGGGUGCAGAAAGAUAAUAUUCCGAGAAACGUGUGGUUAUUUAUUAGUGCGCAGGGGAUAAAUUUAUACGAAAGACUAGACGUUGUUAAUCCUUUUAGUUUAUCAUUAUUGGAGAUGUUUGAAUGGAAAACCAUACAGACUCUGUGCUACAGUAAACAUUAUUUAUGUGUUAUUCCUCAUACCGGCAAAAUAAAUAAACUGAAAUUGAAAAAGUACAAGCUAAAAAUGGAUUUGAAAAAGAGUUACUUUACGUUCAGAUUGGCGUCUUUGCAUCAUCAGUUUUUUCUUCGAUUAAAAACUGAGUAUAUUUCUCUUCAAAGACUAUCGGAAGCAUUUGGUGUUCCUCUUAAAGAAAUAAAGAAUGAAACAAAUUCUCUGUAUAAAUUAGAAACAUUAACAAACCCCCAACAUAUAAAUUUAGAUAAGAACAGAGCAAAUGCUGGCACAGAGUUUAAGAUUGAGUUUCGAUUUCCUUCUAAAAAGUCGAAAUCCAAUUCCCAUGAAGAUCUGAAAAGCCAAAGAUCAAAAAGUGUGGGCAACUUUUCUAAAGAAACUGGCAAUGCUCAUGUGUUUGAAGAGUUUCAAAAUAAAGAAAACGAAAGGCCUAGGAAAAAACAAGAACAAGUAAAAAAUGAAGGGCUUAUAUUGGACGGUUUAUCAAACUUAAACAUUUGGGAUAAGAGAAGAGGAGUCAAGAUGGGUGUACGAGCUUUUAGUAAUCGGAGCGGGCAUAGGAAUUGCAGGUCCAUGGAAGCUAUGAAUGUUGACACAAAUGAUGAUUUAGAAAAGUCUUCAUUACAAAGUGUUUCAUUGUACUACAGUUCUAGUUCCACAAGAUCACUUAUGCUGGACAAGAAAGUCAAUGACGUUUAUGUUCUAGAUACAUCUAUACACUCCCACGAUGUCAAUUUUCUACCAAAUUUCCAUGAGACGUUGAGUCAGUCUCUUUUGGAUAAACUCAACGACCUUUCUUUUGCCGAAGAGCGUUAUCUGUGUUCCGUAGUAAUACAGCGGGACCAAAAAGGAAGUUUUGGUAUUCAAAUAACUGAAGGGUCUGACGGUAAGGUUUACAUUCAAUCGGUGAUUCCCGGUGGGCCAGCUGAUGCUCUCAAAAAGAUGAAGAAGGGAGACCAAAUAAUUGCAGCCAAUCAACAAAACUUGCUUAAUUACAAGUACGAAGAUGCUUUGGAAAUUUUGAAGAAGAGUGGUAACACCGUCGAGCUGAUCCUUUCACAAACCAAAAAUAAUGGGAAAAGCAUUUUGAAUAAAAGUUCUACAAAAGAAAGGCUGGAAAAUUCAAUUACGAAAGGUAGCAUUGACUUAACUGACUCGAAGGAGUGCCAUCUUCAGUCACUGAAGCUUGAAAACGCAGUGCGCAAACUCAAACACUUCUCAUACGCUGGUGGUUCAGGAAGUUCAUUUGGAAGCGCUGAUACACCUAUCGAAAAACACCUUAUAGAGUCUUGUUACGAUAUAACAAAUUUUAACAAACACUUCUGCUUGCCCUCUGUGACAAGAACUGCCACAACCACCGAUGUACCGUAUCACAAGCAUAUCCGAUAUGGCUUUGAACCGGAAGUGGUAGACUGCGUCGAAUCGAAGGGACUUCCCAAAAAAACGGUGUCUGCUUCUUGUAGUAACUUGAACUAUUUAGAAAAUAGAUCCAAGAGUGAUAUAGAAAUUUCCAAAAGCACCAAAAGGUCAAUGGAAGACUGUAGAAAAAUAAGUAUGCCCAUUGCAUUACCAAGAAGUUUAGGACUGAGCAGAAAAUGGAGGGGCCCCGUUAAAUACCCUGUAACACCAAUUAAAAGGGAACGUAAAGGGUCUGAAAGUGACGCAAAGUGUUUACUUAAUACUUCAGAUGAUGAACAAGUCUUUAUUUAGGGCCAAUGUUGUCCUUUCGGUUACCAGGGGUGCAUGAAAUAGGUACAUGAAAGAAUAACAAACUAUUUGGUUUGGUGCCUAUUUAAUUUUUUCGUUGUUUAAGUCGAAUAGAUGUGGAUUUAUUGAUAUUAAAUAAAUUUGCACGAUUUCGCUUCCAGUUAUGACUUAUCUAAGGGACUAAGACGAAUUACCUUGACAAAUAAAGUCAUCUUUCGCAUAUUUAGCUAAGUGCUGCUUUUGGGGCCUUGUCGUCUUAAAAAUAUUGUACUGUUUCUUUAACUAUCUAACUGUAAGUGUUUAACACCAUAAAACUUUUACGGUAAUUUAAUGCAUCUAGAACCACAUUAAAAGCCAAUAACUUCUAGAAUUUAGCGGUUGAUUGUAAUAUUGCAUAUUUAUUUACGUACUUUUAUUUCACUACCCUUGGCUUGGCUACCCCUGUACCCAUUUUGAAUCGGUGUUUUAGCAUCACCUUUGCAAUUCAACCCCUCCAUAAAAUCAUUUUUUAGUGUUGCGCAAGGUCAUCCCCACCGCCACCUAUUUCCUACCCCCUCCGACCGUGGACUUCUAGAGUUAGACAAAUACCGAAAUUUGAUAACUUUUAUGCAAUAUUACAGUUUAUCUUUAAUUUUAACAUCUUAAAUUAAUGUAAAAAGUUAUUGAAUAUCUACAUUUUGUAUUUCAAGUAUACUUUAACAAAUUAAAAGAGGCGUAAAGGUAUUUAUUUAUCAAUUUCUGAUGUUGAAGAACCAAAAGUACACUUCCAAGUAACGUGCCUUGAACGACGACUAAAAUUCAAGACAUCAUUUUUAAUUUAAAAAAUGAUAUUAAAUCUUACGGUAAAAAAAUAAGUAAUCGACUUAUUAAAUAAACAACU